CCAGUGAUAAAUAAGUCUGAGGAGAAGCUGCCUGGAACUAGAACAGUAAGUAGUGUGACUCUGUAAGGCAAGCAAGACCAUGGUCAUUGCGGAGAAGCCACUAUAAUAUUAACCACUGUUUACAUUUUAUAAACAGCUGUGAGACUCGGUCAGAACGUGACAACUUCCUUAUCCGUGGCCAAUUCUCCACAGCUUUACCCCAAUCUUUUGGACAGCUAUAAACACAAGAUAUAAGAAAAUAUAAGUUAGUUCAGCCAAACAAAUUUAACCAGUGAUCAUGCUUAAUUGAAACCUAGCCAUCAGACAACUGAAGAUGAACAGACCAAACAGACACCUCCUCGGCUAGUGUGUAAUGUGGGAAUAAAUAAUGAAUCGCAAAUACAACUCCACUGUGAGAAGCCGUCCGUUCUUCCGUUGUCGUCCAUUCCGUGACCUCCUGCUCCUGAUUGUUAGUUUUGCCUCUGUCUCGUGUUACUUGUGCUAUCUCCUUUGGGCUCCACCUGUGUACCUGUCCCCUAAUGCUGGUCCACAAUUACCUUCGCUGGAAAACGUCGGUAACGCCCUCCAGCGAAAUAUCUUGUCCCAAAAAAAGAAGACUGUCAAUGUGAAUACCUCCGAGAGUAAAUCCUCCCGCGAAAUGAGUAAGCUGGAAAAACUUCUGUUGGAGAUUGAGAAGAUGACUUUAGAAGUUUUACAAGUGAAACAAAAAAUCGCCAUUGUCCGCGGUCAGCGUAGUGUGAUCGCCAGAGACCUUCCCCUCUACGAAAAAGCACUACAAAUUACAAAUUUUUUAGUUGCGCCACCUAUAUGGUACGAAGGAAUAAAAGAAAAUGUCAACAAAACCGUAUGUUGUUCAGGAAGAAGUGCUUCUAAUUACUAUCAAGAAGAAUCCAAAAAUCCCCGUACUUUGGGCUGGCAGCUGCUACUUUGUAUGACGUUCAGCGUGAAAGACCUAACACAUUGUUUAGAUAGAAGAGAUAUUGAACAACUAUCACAAACCCAAAAGAUUAAUCGUAUACCCGGGAUAAGAGGACGACUGUGGAAGAAAGAAGCGUUUUGCUCCACUAUAAUGAAAGGAAAACAGCUGUCAGCCACCCUGCGGAAGCAACCGGUACCACUCUGUUUUUCUCUGCCGGAACAGCGUCACCAGUUUCAAGAAGUAGCGCACGCAUUCGGGACUUCCGCCCAGUGGAUAUUAAAAUCUGUAUCUUCAGUUGAAAAAAGCGGCCCAAAGCUUUUGGACAUUUUCACGUUAGAAGGCCAGCAAGAACUUUUAAACACUGAACGUCGGAGGGCUAUAGUCCAGCAGGUUGUUCCUAAUCAGCUUAAAGUAUUUGGACAGCCAAUCAGCUUACGCCUUUACGUAUUGGUGACGUCACUAUCACCGCUUCGAGCUUAUUUACAUUCAGAAGGUCUUGUGUAUCAUCGUUAUGGCUCUUCUCGAAGCUUUCGAAAAAUCUCAGGGAGAUUAUGGAGUCUAUCUCAGUUUUGGUAUUUCGUCGCACGGAACCACGGUAUGCAAACCGUUAAAUUAACUCUAAACAAUCUUCACGAUGCCAUAACAAAGACUUUGUUAUUGACUGACGUCCUAAUUGCGUCAUCGUCAACAACUAGUGGUCAAACGGAUGGACUGAACUCAAUAAGGUGUCGCCAGUGUUUCCAGCUUAUGGGAUUUGACGUCAUUAUGAAUGGGUCAUUUUACCCAUUUAUUACGGAAAUCAAUGGCCAGCCAAAUUUACAAGAAUCCCGAAAUCAGGAAGGAUGGGUAGCCAGUCGGGUAAAAAAUGCUGUUGUCACAGAUACCAUAAAGAUAUUGUUUACCCCUCAUUCUGUAGCUAAAGAUGUUUCUGAGGCUUUGGAAGAAGUUGGAGAGGAAAUCGGAGUGAUGGGCCUUAACUGCUUGAUAAGUCACGAAGUAUGUCUGAACCGGCAGGAUUUACAGAUUUUGUUGGAUGGACGGCGGGAGACAUUGAACCUGCGGGGCUUUCAGCAACUGUACCCAACAGUAGAGGCCCAGAGCCAAGCAGAUUUGAUUCACGAACUCGAUGGAGCAUUACUUGAUCAGAAAAUCGACCUCUCGCGGCACGGAACCGCAGAUUUGCACGAUAUUUUGCUACGACUAGAAUUCUACUACAACCGGCAUCUUCUAGAUCAAGAAUUUUCAGACGAUGAGGUCAAAAGAAGUGAGGCUUGGAGAGGGAUGAACUUGUCGUCCUUAAUGAACCAACCUUCAGAACAGCACGAAUCUCACCUUCAGGAAAGUCCUGAUACUUACAUGGACCAAUUUACCAGCAGAAAGUGUAGCAGUGACCCAAUAACCAUGCCGUACAUCGGUCAGAUAACGACGUCACCACCGUUAACCCUAACACCAUCUUUUUCUUCCCUCGUAUCGGAUUACAUUGCUAACGUCUCCUACGACCAGCUAUUGUUGAGAGUGUGGGCGUUUGGCCAGAACUGUCAAACAGAAGUACGAAUAGAUGAUAAAUAUGGACCAUCCAGGCCAACCAAUUACACGCUUGGAGUGGGUCCAAACAAGCUUUCCUUUUUUGUAGUGGAUACUUCUCAUACGGAACCAUGGGUAGUUAAUACCUACACUUUACUGGUUUAUCGCCUGUCAGUCACACAUGAGGAACCACCCUUCAGCCCGGAUCUCCCCCAUCAAGUGUGUAGUUUGAAACAGGAGUGCGACCUUCAAGUGUUUUCCAAUGAGCCUUGCGGUAUCCAGAAAGAACACCAAGCUGAUUGGAUCACACAAAUGAAAAUAACUGCAGCUCUACCGGCCUGUGACGUAGGUGAUGCUCCAGGACGGUGGGUUCUGCCAUGUGGAUCGUGCAGUAAUCGACAUAGUUGUUUUUGGCAGGAAGCGAUAUGGAACCCUUAUCGUUGUCGUCACCCAUUGUUGUCACGUGAUCUCUUAUCUCAGUGCCUUGCUAAGAAAAAGUUGCUUUUUAUCGGAGACUCCACCAACAGAGGGAUGAUGCAUUACGUCAUGGAACGCGUAAACGGAACACUAACUGAAUGGGACAAGACGCACGAUAUACGAGUGUACAACAACCUAAACAACGGCCAGACAACUGUUAGUUUCGCUUACUAUCCUCAAUUUUGGCUACCGACCAAUCAAAGACCAGUGUUCGAUAAAACCCUCUAUCAGCUUUUGCAACGUUCUAAGCCUUUGAAGAAUAACACCGACACUAUACUGAUCGUAGGUGGCGUCCAUUGGCUAGCUACUCAACACCUACAUAUGUUGAUGCGCGCUCUAAGAGGAGAGAGGCUACAAGGAAUCAGACUAGUGAUGAAAACCUUGGGAGCAGGGUUCCAUCAGCCAGUGGACGAGAUCCAUAGUCUCACUACAACAGAACACCAAAAGCUAGUUUAUCAUAAUUUAGGCUUAGCAGACUUUGCCAAACACUAUAACUUUGAAGUUAUCGACACUUUCAACGUCACUGUGGCCCGAUAUAAAGACUUCUUGCAGGGGAAAUGUGCAUGUCACUUUCACAAGGUGGUCGAAGUAAACGAUUCCACCAGAGAAAUUCGAGCAUGGAGAAACCCAACAAAAAAGAAAAUUCGUUAUCACGUUGAAGGCACAAUCAACGCCAUCUACAGUGAGAUCCUAAUCAGCAGACUCUGCAGUAACUUUAUUCCAAAAAGAUGAUUUUUGAAAGUAAAAGUUAAUCCAGAGUUAUACAAACAGUAAAGAAGGGUAUAUCCUAGUUUUAAACAUUUAUCCAGAGCAUCCUCUGAAUAACCACUGCUAUUGAAUGUGUUGCUUUGGUAACGAGUUGCUAAGUCUAUAAAGCAUAUCAGUUGCCCAAUGAACAACAUUCAGAAAAAUCUGCCCUUCACAAAGUCUGUAACUGAGGGAUUCGGAAAUUAUCCUUGGCAUAGAAACUGUGAUAGUUUAAAAUAAUUAAACUACAUAGGAUUGUGUAGUUGCAGAAAAUUGUUGAGUCCUCAAAGUGAAUAGGAUAAUUAAAUGGUUCAUAUGCCAUGAAUGUGGUUGAAAACGGGUAUACGGAAGAUGAAAAUUCACUAAAUCGUACACUGCACUAUUAGAAAUGUAUAGAGAAUAUUACUAUAACCGAGUUCUUAGAGUAGAAAAUAGCACGGUUUAAAUAUAUUGUUAGAUAUUUUAUGUCGCAUAGGUAGACAUGCCAAUUAAUCAUUUCUUCAGUCGAAGCCUCCAUCUGGUGGCCACGACAUACAGCUCUGGAUCUUUUAAGAUUAUAUUGGUGAACCGACUUGAGUAACUCACAGUCAUCAUUAUGGGCAGUGUUUCCAUACAAUGACUAGAUAAGCCGAUUUUUUUAUUCCAUAUCAGGAUAUCGCUUAAAAAGAUUUAAUCGGGAGAUAUUCAUUAUCUAUUACAAGAUACUGUCACAAACACAGUCGUCAAAAGUCACAGAGACAUUACGAAUGUUUCGGAGCCUUUGAUUUUCAUAAAUGUUUUUCUAGCAUUGAAAAUAAUAUAAAUAUUAUAUGCAUAUACAUCAAACGAGAAAAUUACAUUUAUGGUGACUUUCUCUAUAAAGCAACAACCACUCCAUGUUCGCUUUCCUCUCAUGAAACUAAAAUAGCAUUGAUUAUUCCACUCUGAUACCACGUUUUGUUUUAGCCUCCAUGGAUCAUCAUUAUUUAGUUCAAAGCUUGUUUGUUUUUCAAACAAAGCUGUACCCAAACUCGUUUUUAGUUUGUGGGUUCUGCUGUCAUGCUAGAAUAAAGUACUUUAGGUAAUUUUAUUAUACUGAUUAAAGGACCCUAAUAAUUAAACCCAUUACUGUUUACGGAUUCUACAAAAAUCUACCCUGGCUAUAAUAAUGUUUUGACUCAAUAAGGCAAAUUUCGUUCCACUUCAAUACGUAGAGUUCUACUCUUUUGUAGAAAGUUCAACGUUUUUAUUUGCAGAUGCUGCAUUGUGACAGGCAGUCCAUUCUUCAACUGAAGUGGACAUGGUUGGUUUUCAAUAUUAUCAUAGCUGUGUGGUUUCCCGAAAUUCUCCAAAGUUAUCUUGUUCGCAUAUCAACAUUUUAGUUUUCCUAAUCACCCAUCAUUGUUUUGUAAUGAGCUUCCUACAAUCCUUUUUAUUUCUUACAAAUUUUCCAAAGUAUUUUCCCUUCUAUAAAUACUUUACACUUUCGCAUUGAUAUUUUGAUAUGUCACAAAUAUCCAUUAUUAACACCAUACACAGUCAUAUUGAUUGUAUCUGAAAAACAGUUUUACAUCUGUUGUAAAUAUUUAGUACUUUAUUAUGCUUUGUAUCCUUA